CCAGGAAGAGAGGAGUUAGGGGAGGGGGAUGCAAACUUCUUCAGGCCCGGGUCCUUGGGGGGCUCCUAGUCUAGCCCAUUUCUCGGCUCACCACCUGGCUCCUCCCGGUUUCUUUGUGGACCUCCUCCUUUCCCCCCCCUCCUCCCUCUCCGCUUCUCUGGGCGGGGUUGGUCUCCAGUAAGGGGAGGGCUGACCGCUCCUCCCUGCCCCGCCCACCCCUCCCCAUGUGCUUCCUGGGGGGCUGUUGCAGGCCCCAGCAGGGGCACUCUGGGCAGCUGGGAGAAGACCCAUCUGGGCAAGCCUCCCUGCGGCCCCACAGCCAGCCUGCCUACUUCUCUUUCAGGUUUCUCCAAGUGCCUCCCUGCUCCUGUUUGCUUCCCCAUCUCUCCAGGUUUCCGUCUUCCCAGUUCUCUUCCCGGGCUGGUGGCAGUGGGGGCUGUGCCUGGUGGGCCCCACAGAGAUGCUCAGUGCUCGGGAUCGCCGGGACCGGCCCCCCGAAGAGGGGGCAGCUGCAGUGCUCCAGGGCUUCGCCGUGGAUAAGACCUUCCUCUCCUCCCUCAAAGGCAUCUUGCUGGAAACUGAGCUGGCCCUGACCUUCAUCAUCUUCAUCUGCUUCACGGCCUCCAUCUCCGCCUACAUGGCUGCAGCACUACUCGAGUUCUUCAUCACGCUCGCUUUCCUCUUCCUCUACGCCACCCAGUACUAUCAGCGCUUCGAUCGGCUGAACUGGCCCUGUCUGGACUUCCUCCGCUGUGUCAGUGCCAUCAUCAUCUUCCUGGUGGUCUCCUUUGCGGCUGUGACCUCCCGGGAUGGAGCUGCCAUUGCUGCUUUUGUUUUUGGCAUCAUCCUGGUUUCCGUCUUUGCCUAUGAUGCCUUCAAGAUCUACCGGACUGAGAUGGCACCCAGGACCACCCAGGAUGACCAGCAGUGACCCUGAGCUACCUGGCUCCCAGGCCCAGCCAGACAAAGGCAACAGUGCACAUUUCCUUUGUUUCACUAGCCCACAGCCUACUACCUCCCAGCCAGGCCUACAGAGAUGGAUUCUGGCCUGAGAAGUCACCAGAUACUUGUCUGUGGGGCUCAGUGCUCUGAUGAAGCUCCAACAGGAAGGAGGUGUUUUGGGGAGGGAGGGCAGGAGGAAGCUGGUCAUUCCCAAAUUAAAAGAUUCAAAUCCUA